AUGCCUCGACACUCUAGCUCGGUUGAUGGCGCGGAACUGUUUUAUCACUACUAUACACCAGAAGGCAGACCCGCUCCACUUGCAGGUGAAUCAGCCAGCGCAGCCAAGAGCCUAACUCUGGUCCUUCUUCAUCAAUGGCCUCUCACGUCGCGCAUGUACGACUCGAUCAUCCUGGGACUUUGCGAGACCCACGGAUACAAUGUUAUUGCCCCCGACAGGCGAGGUUUUGGUAAGAGCGAAUGGUCUGGACCUCGAUCCACGGCUCCCAUUGGCUACAAAGAGCUUGGGCAAGACUUAUCGGGUCUGCUGGAAAAGAUCCAGCCAGGGCCUUUUGUCUUUGUUGCCUCCAGCAUGAGCACGGGCGAAGCGCUUCUGGCCUAUCUUGAUAGCCCGUACGUGCAGGAGAACUGUCAGGGUAUGCUAUGGAUAAGCACUAGCCUGCCGUACCCUACGGCUUCACCCGAAAACCCGAAGGCUUCGCCACAGAGCGCGUGGGAUGAAACCCUCCAGGGUAUAAGACAGGAUAGGCCCAAUUUCGUCGGCAACGCCUUCAGGGGGCCUCUUGGAGUUGGAACAUCCGGAUCAGUCUCCGAUAAGCAGAUUGCAUUUUUCGAGAAGACUUUCUACGAGGCUGAUCCCGUCGCGGUUGAACGCUGCUUGAAGGUUUGGACCCGCGAGAACCUGUUUGGGGAGGUCACGAGGUUUGGGCAAAUCUUCAACAAACCCUUCCUUCUCAUUCACGGUGGAGGCGACGGCGGAGUGCCCGCCGAAGUGAGCGCAGAACUUGUACAGAAGUCAGUUCCUGGAGCGAAGCUGAUUAUAUAUGACGAAGGAGGUCAUGUGCUGGUCCUUGCUUAUGCGGACCGCCUUGUAGACGACAUUGUAAACUUUGCAGAAAGUAUUGCGGGACGGAAUUGA